AUGAGUAUCGUGCUCACCCAGACUUCUGCCACUCAAUAUGUUCCUAAAUAUCUUUUCGUCUCCGGCGACUGCCAGCGUGGAACACCCAAAAGUCGGCAUGUCAUGAAAGAGUGUAAGAACCCGCACUUGAAGCUCCAACUUCUCCCUGCUGAGACAUCGCUCUGUCAACCAGUUCUGCGCAAACGCGAUUCCCUCCGUCGUCAGAAGCAAUUGGCUGCUCGAUCGCAAAGCCGUGUGUUUCCAUGGCUACGUCGAGAAGAUAUAGAACAAGUGCCGGCUCCAAUAGAUGUGUCCCCCCCGGUUGAUGGCGGAGGAUCAUAUGAUACUCUGAGCGACUCCAGUUCGAGACCUUCGUCCCCUCGACAGUCUCAAUGGACCGUGGGAAGCACGAUGGGCGAGUCGCACUCCUCGCCGCCUUUCACUCCGCCAUGCUCUCUUCUGGACACAGUGGAGCCUACAGAAAGCUCUGUGAAUUCUUCUUACAACGCGCAAGAGCUGGUCGCCUACUUGCACCGUUCUGUGAUAUGUCGCCUGUACGACACAGAGCAGUCGAGUAACGUCAAUUCCCCGGCAACCAUUGUGGUCAAUCACGUCAUACCUCGAGCGGUGCCGGCGCGAAUACUCCUCGCAAUUUCCAGUCUUCACCGUGAUAUCGAAGUAGGACACCAAACACCAAGCUCGGUAACUCUUAACCUGGUACUCGAAGGCAUUGGCUCGCUGAAAGAGCACCUGAAAAGUCCCAGUGCCGUUUCUGACGACACCAUCCUGGCGGUGAUCAACUUGUGGGCAUACGAAGUCACGUUGUCGAUAGGAUCUGCUAGAAGUGAAUCAUUGGCCCAAGGGAGGAUGCUUCCCAAGUCAUUGACGGAUAAUAUUCAGACUCAUUUGAAUGGGCUUCGACGAUCCAUCGAGUGUCGUGGCGGGUUGCGCAACCUUUCACCAGAGACGCUGUGGCUCCUUGCGUGGUGUGUAUGUACACUUCCAGGGUAUUCUCCCGUCGACAUUCGGAUGAUGGCUCCCAAUGUUGGCAGUAACGAAGUUUUGCGAACAUCGGUCGAGUCCUCCUACCGCCCUUCGAGGCUGUUUGAGACACUGUCGAAAAUCCAAAAACAUGUAUCCAGACGUCAAUUUAAACCAAACAUCCUCCACGAAGCAUCAUUUUCAGCCUUACGAACAGUGUUGCUGCGACUGGACGUGAUGCAGUAUGCUCUCCACGAACAAAGGACGCCGAUGAAUAGACUCCGCAAGUCGGCUUCAUUAGUAUCCACGUUGCUUUUCAUGUUCGAUGUCUUUUUGGAAGUAAUGGACUCCGCUCACGGAGGAGCCCCUCCUCACAAAGACCAAUUGGUCGCAAUCCAGAAGCGGUUUGUUGAUCAUCGUAUCGACAAAGAAGGCUCUCUUGAAAAGGUCUGGCAGGUUCUCAUGACGCAGCAAGAAGCUCCGCAGCUGCAACUUCAUCCAAGGUCUUGGUCAAUUGUGGAAAUGGUGAAUGCGAUCAAGCAUUUGAAAAUCUCCACGGUCGAUGCCCUGUCGCGACUGUUGCUUGGGUAUCUGCUUCCUGAGACUUGCGACUAUGCGGAUGACGUUUUCAGAUGCGAGAAGGUUCUGCUGCAAGUAUAUUUUGAGCUAGAUGGUCUGGCUGAUCUUACCUGA